GCACCCUUCAAAGUUUAAAACCCUCUACUCAACGCCUCCUUUGUUUGUAACGCUGAUGAAGAUGACCAUCAUCGUGAAUGUUUUGUUUUGUUUCCUUUGUGCCAUCGCCUUGGUGUCCGCGCAACCAAGUCCUGAUCUAGCCACCAUGAACGCUCUAAGAGACUCCCUCAAGUUUCCGAAAGACUCCUCCUGGACAGGACCGGAUCCUUGUAAGUGGAGCGGUGUACAGUGCGACAGAAGCAACCGAAUCACUCGGAUACAGAUCGGUAAUAAAGGAAUAUCUGGAACGUUAACUUCUGAUCUCAACACUCUCUCGUCUUUAACUGUUUUCGAAGUCAUGGGCAACAAGUUAACCGGAGGGAUACCUAGUCUCGCUGGUUUAAACGCGUUGCAAACGAUCAACGCUCAUGACAAUAGCUUCACUUCGAUCUCUGCUGAUAUCUUCACCGGUUUGACGUCUCUUCAACAUGUGUACCUUGACGGUAACCCGUUUAGUCCUUGGGAGAUUCCUAUGAGUUUAAAGAGUGCAACUUCUCUAGUAGACUUCUCUGCCGCUAACUGUUUUCUUUCCGGGAAGAUUCCGGAUUUUCUCGGCGGACAAACGUUCCCUAGCUUGCAGAAGCUGCGCCUGUCUUCCAACUCGCUCUCCGGUGAACUUCCGUUGAGCUUUGCUAACUCACCUGUUCAAACUCUGUUGCUCAACGGGCAAACCCCGCAAAAGCUCAACGGGUCAAUCUCAGUUCUACAGAACAUGACUUCUUUAACCGAGGUGUCCCUGCAAGGAAACGCCUUCUCAGGUCCAUUACCGGACAUGUCUGGUCUUGUCUCUCUGACAAAGUUCAACGUCAGGGAGAAUCAGCUCACCGGUUUGGUUCCAUCUUCUUUCACCGAGUUGCAAUCUCUUGCUGUGGUGAAUAUGACUAAUAAUCUUUUUCAAGGAUCAACACCAACCUUCAAGGCUAAAAACAUUGCGGUUGAUAUAACUCCAAGGCUCAACAGUUUCUGUUUAGAUUCUCCCGGUGUGCCUUGUGAUCCACGCGUCAACAGCUUGCUUGCUAUCGUUGAAGCGUUUGGUUACCCUGUGAGAUUUGCGCAGAGCUGGAAAGGAAACGAUCCUUGUAGCAGUAAAAACGUGUGGGUGGGCAUAACUUGCACCGGAGCUGACAUCACGGUUAUCAACUUCAAAGGGAUGGGUCUCAAGGGAACUAUCUCUCCACGCUUUGCGGAUCUUACUUCUCUUAGGGUUAUCAAUCUCUCUCAGAACAAUCUCACCGGUGUUAUUCCACAGGAACUCACUAAGUUGAGUAGCUUGGCAACUCUAGAUGUUUCCAACAAUCAGUUGUAUGGCAAGGUACCUGUGUUUGGUCCUAAUGUCUUGAUCACUACUGGGAACCCUGACCUAGGAAAAGAUGAUCCUGGACAUGCUUCUGAUUCUUCCGGAAGUAAUGCUGGGACAGUUGUGGGUUCUGUUUUUGGAGUUGUGUUGGGUUUGCUUCUUAUGGGUUUGAUUAUUUUCUUAGUGGUCAAGAAAAGGAAGCAAAAUCGGAAGAAGUAUCCACAACAACAUUCUGGUGAAGAAGAUGCACUCAAGAUCACAAUAGAUAAUCUUUGUGCUGGUGGAAGUGAAAGUGGUAGCAACGGUCUUUUAGUGGAACCUGAGAACCCUGUGAUGCCAAUACAAAUACUGAGGGAUGCUACCGAUAAUUUCAACGAGAAGAAUAUACUUGGGAGAGGUGGAUUUGGAAUAGUUUACAAGGGUGAAUUGCCAUCUGGGAAGACCGUUGCGGUGAAGAGAAUGGAAUCUUCGGUUAUAAGUGGAAAGGGUUUGGAUGAGUUUAAGUCAGAGAUUGCUGUUCUAACCAAAGUUCGUCAUCGGAAUCUAGUGAAAGUUGAAGGUUAUUGCUUAGAGUCCAACGAGAGACUUCUGGUUUAUGAAUACAUGCCGCUAGGAACUUUGAGUAGUCAUCUUUUUAACUGGCAGGAAGAAGGGUUACAACCUCUAGAGUGGUCUAGACGUUUGAUUAUUGCAUCGGAUGUGGCUAAAGGAGUAGAGUAUUUGCAUAGUCAAGCCCAUCAAAGUUUCAUACAUAGAGAUCUCAAGCCAUCCAACAUUCUUCUUGGGGAUGAUAUGCGUGCCAGAGUUGCUGACUUUGGUUUAGUCCGGCUUGCGCCAGAAGGCACACAAUCGAUUGAGACUAAAAUUGCUGGGACUUUUGGUUAUCUUGCCCCAGAGUAUGCAGUGACCGGACGAGUUACAACAAAGGUCGAUGUUUACAGUUUUGGAGUCAUUCUCAUGGAGCUACUAACCGGUAGAAAAGCUCUUGACGUGAAAAGAUCUGAGGAAGAUGUGCACCUUGUCACAUGGUUUAGGAGAAUGCUCAUCAACAAAGACUCAUUCCCAAAGGCCAUUGACGCAUCAAUUGACGUCAACGAAGAGACACUCCCAAGCAUCAAUAAAGUAGCUGAGCUUGCCUGUCAUUGCUCUGCCAGGGAACCACAUCAGAGACCAGACAUGAGUCAUGUGGUUAGAGUGUUGGCCUCACUCCUUGACCAGUGGAAACCAGAUGAAGAUAUCUCUGGAAAUGACUAUGAUGCACCUCCUCCUCCUCUUUUGGAGAUGAUACAGGGAACUAGCAAUGAUUCAUCUUUCUUUGGAGAUAAUUCUUUGACGAGUAUACCUUCGCGACCUCGCCAGAUUGACAACACAUUCAACACAGGACAAGGGAGGUAAGUGUGUUAGAGAAUUCGAUGAAGGAAAAAUUAAUGUUUUGUUGCUGGAUGAGAUCUUGUUUUAAGGUUGCGGAUUGUGAAUAUCUCUCUUUGGUACCUUGAUUCUCAAGUUAGGUUUCCUUUUUGCGGGAAUGAAACCUGUGUGCUUAAAUGAACGUGUCAUGGUCUACUACAAUUAUAUCUUGCACAUCCUAUACAUUUAGAUCAUUUUAGAGUGAGCAUUGCCCCCAUUGACUCCUGAAUUCAGUUUUAUUGAUUGAUGUAUUAUUUGACAAAACUGUUAUUUCGAUUUUAUGAUGUGAUCUUUGUUUACUUGUACGAUUCUUUAGACGUUAUAUACACUAGAUAAAAAGCUGCGCUACGCCGCGGAGUAUUACAACACGAAAUUUCUUUUGUUAGGUAUCAAAAUCAGAAAAGCUUGAAAUUUAUACAAUAUAAAAAUCUACGAAAAAGCAACAAUCAGCAAACUAUUAGCCAUCGGAAAAGUUCUGAAGCCUUUGUGUUUUCCUCUUUUGUACUCAUGAAUUGAUGCAGUUAGCGAUCCAACCAUUUUCCUUCAGAUAUUUCUCUGAUUAAAAUUUCUUGUUGUUUGUUCACUAAUUUUUUUUUUAUCUUUGGUCACAUUUUGUGUUACCUUCUGUUAGGAACAAAGUUUGAAAAGCGUACCAUACGGAAUUAUAUAUGUUUCUACGCUUAUAAAUUGUAUUAGUGGUUAUUUAUAACUAAUGUUAAUACUUGAUUGUUAGAUUAACUUCUUAUCUACAACUUUGACAUAAAAAAUUGAAGUGCUUCAUGAUGGUUUCUCUGAGAUGAAACAUAAAAGGGAAAAUCAUUGCUCUAUUCAUCUUGUAUAUUGUGCUAUACAUACACUGUGUAAAUAUUAUAAAUACUCUGAAGUUGUAAACAUAAACCACCAUGGAAAGUUUAGUAACAGUAUAAAGUAUGUAAACAAACUAGAGUAUUCUUCCCUCAAUAUGUUGGCGCCAACAACAAAGUUGAAGGACUUGCAGUGUGGCUGCGAUCUCCCUGACCAAAUACAAAUAAGCUCACUUAUUUUGAAGUUGGUCAUGCAAGCUUGGCUCUACUCUGUUUGGAAAGAGCGGAAUCAUCGAUUUCACUCACACUACAAGAAAA